CUCCUUUGUGCCCAACUCCGCGCCCGAGCGCCGGAUCUUGCCAGGCCGAGACGAUUUGGAAGCACUACACUACAGCACCGUCACUGACACCGGGAGGUUGCCUCCUCGGCACGUUUCCAGCGCCUUUGACCAAUUACUCCCCAAAGAUCUCGGAUGGUGGCGCUCAGUGGCCCGGCACCAGGCUGAUCCGGGCGUGGGGCCGCUGGAGCUCGUGAAGCUCCCAGUGCAAAUCUGCCAGGAGGACGGCCCAGGUCAUGGAACCGUCCUGAAACGCCUUCUAUUUGUUCCACGCCCACCCCGCCCAGGCCAAUUCCAAUGUCGAAACCAUGCUCAUUCGAUCACUCUUCUUUUAACUUUAUGAUUAACUUUCCGUCAUGGUGUUCGACCAGCUGUCUGUUGUGCUGGCGGGGUUGGCAAUUUUGAUCGCGGUGGGAUACACGGCCCAGCUCACUGUUAAGUCGGAUGUGGACGUGGACUCGCUGCCAUGGGUGGGCUUGAAGUCGGGAAUCUUCGCAGGUCCGCGAACGCGUAUUGGCAGUCUUGGAACCGGAGUGCUGGCAACAAUGGAGGCGGGGUAUCGGAAGUAUUCAGCUUCAGAGAUCUCUUUUAUCCUCCCGAGAUCCGACAAAUCGAUGGUUAUUCUCCCAGGGUCGCAGGUCAAGUGGAUUGCAGACCAAGCAGACAGUGUGUUGAGUGCCCAGCUGGCGCAGCGUAACUCUCUCUUGACGGACUAUGUUCUCCUCGACCCCACCAUGGCUAGGAAUCCAAUACAAGAGGUCAUAGUUCGACGGAAUUUGACACGUUCCCUUGGUUCAUUGGUUGAAGAAAUUGAAGAAGAGCUUGCGGUUGGAGUGGCACAUUACUGGGGAAAGGACACAGACAAUUGGAAGGAGGUUGGGGUGUUUGAGACAAUGGGUAAGGUGGUCUCCAGGUCAUCAAACAGGAUCUUCGUUGGCCUGUCUCUGUGCCGGAAUGAUGAAUAUCUUGACUCUGCCGAAGGCUUUGCUGGAGCCGUUGCCCUCAGCGGCACACUACUCAAGCUCGUCCCUGCAAUGUUUCAACCAUUGGUAGCCUGGAUAUUCGUCCUGCCCAAUAGAUUCCACUUAUACAAAGCGUCAAAAUAUCUAAUCCCCUUCAUCCAACAACGAAUGAAAGAUCUAAAGGAGGCCGAAAAGACUGGGAUCCCCCGACCCGACUUGAAUGAUUACACAACCUGGCAUAUCAAGGAAGUUGAGCUGGACGGGAUUGAAAACACACCUCCGAAGAUCGCCAAGCGGAUAAUGACCCUCAACUUCGCGGCAAUUCAUACUUCAACUUUUACAGCUACAAAUAUCCUCUUCGAUAUCUACGCUUCCCCAAUGGCUGACACAUACGUCAAGGAAAUUCGAGAGGAGGUUGAACAGGCGUUGUCAGAGAGUGGCGGUAAAUGGGACAAGAACACAAUUGCCAAAUUGAUCAAGACCGACAGCGCAGUAAGAGAAAGCUUGCGGAUAUCAUCAUUCAUGUGUACAGGGAUGGAUAGGGUUGUGGUUGAUCCGCACGGAGCUACCAUGAGCAACGGACUCCAUUUACCCCAGGGAACCAGGCUGGGAACUUCCACAUACUCGAUACACCACGAUGAUAGCAUUUAUGAGAAUGCUAUUACAUAUGACGCCUUUCGGUUUUCUCGGCCUAGAGAAAUUUCCACUGCUGCGGGAAAGGCAAGAAUAGAAGGAAAUGGCGACAAGAUGCAGUAUUCUAUGAAAAAGGAGGGUCUCGCUAAGUUACUUGAGUCAAAGAAUUUAGCGACCGUUACAACUUCGGACACUUUCCUAUCCUUCGGCCACGGCCGCCACGCCUGUCCCGGACGCUUUUUCGCCGCAACGGAGAUGAAGUUACUGGUUGCGUACAUCAUGAUGAACUAUGAUGUCAAACCUCUCACGAUCCGUCCUCCGAAUUCAUUCAUUGCUGGCUCGAUCAUCCCGCCCAUGAAGAAAACCAUCUCGGUACGGAGGAGGAAAUUAUGAUCGAGAAUGAUCUAAAAAGAGAAUGGAGAGAGUCUCUCCUUCGAGUCUGACAAAAGCUAUGAAGGGCGUCAGGGUGGACUUAAGCGCCACCUGGGAAGUUGGAACAGGCUUUGGAGAUCUUGGUCAGCUCGCGGCUUUUCUGGAAAGCUUCACGCUAUACUGCGCAAGGAAAACGUGGGCCAAGCUUGGGAUAUGUUCUGACGCGUUGUUGUAUAUAUAGUCGAGGCUCGGGUCGAAAGGGAAUACCUGCCGAGUGAGCGGGCAGAGAAGGGAGAGGCCCGAAAGGGAAGCCUUUGCAUGGUGUAUAUAUUAUCCAUUUCCACGAAUGUAAGAAAAUUGCACCGAAG